AGGCAGCACUAAAACAUUUCUCUGCCUAACUACUUCCCUGUACGUGGACGAGGACCAAGGAGACAGAGAGAAAGCCUGGCCGCGCCGCCCACCGUCGCCUCGUCAGUCGCCUCCUCCAUCCUCCCUCCCCAUCGACUUCCCAAAUCCCAGCCAGGUAAUUCUUGGAGCUCGUCUUUCCGGUUGUCUCCUCUUUCCUGUGCAUCCUGCUGCUCCGAAAAUCUCUCAGAUCUCCUCGUCCUCUGGCCCAUUCUCUUCAUCUCCAUGCAUGGAUGAACAAGAGACGGAGGGAGACAGAUGCAAACAUCGAGACUGGGGUUGUUAUCUGUCUUUGUAGCAGAAGAAACAGUCCUAAAAAAGAAUGGAGAGCUCCUCAGAUAGGAGCAACGUUUCUCAGGGGAACCACCUGGGUUAUGCGAGAAGCACAUCCAUGGAUUCCACUGGUCCUCAGUUAGCUGGUAGGUCUAGCUCAAUGUUGAGUAGGAGAAGUAGCAGACAGGGCUCAAGGGGAUCCAUCAGCCUCUCAAGGGAGAUGGGGGACUCCAUACUGAGCUCAAUGAGGCAUUCUCUUCAGUCGGCGGAUCAAUUGCUAGGAGACAUCGAUAGCUCAGUUCUGGCUCAACUCAUCGAAAGUGGUCGAGUUCUAUCACCCGAAGGCGAUGUUGAUGAGGAUACAGUAAGAAUCUCUGAACAUCAUAAGGUUGGCCCUGUUCCAGAUGAUGCAAUAAAGCAAACCAGUGACAAUUUUGCAUCAGCACCUAUAUCUUCAGCGGAGACAAAAGACACUAUUUCUAACGUCCUAGCAGAUUCAUCUACUAAGGUUGAACCAUAUAAGCUUUCUCUGAGGCUAGACUAUGCUGCUUACAUGAUCCAUUUAGCUGUCUUUGGCUUUUUCGGGGUAUUCACAAGGUAUGGGCUCCAAAAGCUGUUUGGCCCAGACUGUUUGGCACUCACUUCAGAUCAAAGCCCACUUUACCCUGAUCUUCCAUCUAAUAUGCUUGGGUCUUUCUUGAUGGGCUGGUUUGGUAUCAUUUUCAAGGCUGAUAUACGAUACAUAUCUGACCAUCUUAUUGUCGGAAUCACAACUGGAUACAUGGGAAGCCUUACAACCUUCAGUGGGUGGAACCAGAAAAUGGUUGGUUUGUCUUCCAAAGGCCAUUGGGUAUAUGCUAUAGCGGGCGUAGUACUAGGGAUGUUCAUUGUCAACGAGUCCAUUACGGUUGGUGCUGAGACGGGCGAGCGCCUACGGAGUUUGAUCCUGAAAUACAUCAGGGAGAAGAGUUUGAUAGGUCACAAGUAUGAUUGGGAGCACUGGAGGGUGAAUACCAGGGCUAAGCAGUCAGUGCUUUUGUCAGUGAUGAUAAUUUUGAUGUCUUUCUUUUGGAUUUUGAGCAUUGUGCUGACUGUAGUAAAGAUGCAUAGUCUUGCUGAUGGUGCUGUCCUAUGGAUGGGCUGCUCGGUAGCACCUCCAGGUGUUUGGUUACGCUGGUACCUGGCAAGGCUCAAUGGCCAGGGAAUUGGCAAACAGAGAUCCUUGAAAUGGCUGCCCACUGGGACUCUGGUAGCCAAUGUUCUUGCUGCAGGCAUAAUGGCAGUUCUUGCUGUAACAUCCAAAGCGGUAGAUACAAAGCGAUCAACAACUAUUCUUAGUGGAAUACAGCUCGGCUUCCUUGGUUGCCUAAGCACAGUGUCUACUUUUGCUGCUGAAGUGUAUACAAUGAGAAGAAGCGGGCAGAUUGCCAGGGCCUUUGUUUAUGCCGCAUCCACCUUCCUGCUUUCUUUUCUGCUAGGAACUCUAGUGUAUUCUGUGCCAGUUUGGGAAAAGCAUUAUAAAUGACCUAUUGCAACUUCCAGAUUCAACAUUUUACCAGAUGGCUUAAAUGUGCAAUGGGAAAGAGAGCAUCAACUUCCUGAACAAAGUACAAGAUACAGAGCCAAGACCUCAAAGGUUCACAGAUGCAAAAGAGAGCAUCAACACAAACGUUUGCAGAAUGGACCCACAGAACCAUCUAUAUACCUGGCUGGGAAAAACAGAGUAAACUUUGCUUAGUAGAAUAUGUAGUGGCGUGGAAUAAUUUUUGUCUUGGAGAAUGGAGUACAUGUAUGUAUCUGUGAACUAGAUGUAUCAUUAAUGCAUGAGAUAUGCAUAGAUGAAUUUAAUUAGUGUGGGAUUAGCUCCACUUUAUUCUCAUGCUGUCUCAUGUAAAUGCAGGACAUCUAGAAAUGUUUUUCUUGUUACUAAGACAUAUUGGCUUAAUUAGUUUUUGAAUAAAACAUUUCCUUUUGACAGUG